UUGAACCGUGGUUCGUCAAAAGUUAAAAAUAGGUCCACGCAAAAACCCCCCAACAAGAGCAAUUGGUUUUGGGUCUGUAAUGUUCUUCAUAAACCCUGGAUAAACCCUAAUUUUGGAAAGCAUUACAAUCGAAUUAGAUGCUCUCUGCUUCCAAUAGCUUCAAACAAGUCGCAUGGAAAACCCCCAAAUUGUAUUGCAUUUCUUUCUUCUUGUUCAAUCCCUACAGCUACAAAGGUUCUGAUCAAGACUUGUCUUUCACGAAACUACAUGGAUCAAUCUCUCAGUUAUUGAACACUAAACAUAUGACAACAACCGCGGUUAAACCUCCCAUUUCACGGAUAUGUGCACCGUAUCCCAUGCUAGCGUUUACAGCCCGAUCAUUGGUAACUAAACCAUCUAUCGAGGAUGAGGAAGCAGCUUCUCAAGUUUUGGAUGCAAUUGGUUUUGAUUUACAAAAAAAUCCCACUUCCAUCAAGGAUCUGUGUACUAAUCACAUCAAUGAACUCUGUAAAAAGAGACAGCUACGCGCAGCUGCUAGGCUACUGCAGUUAUUACGUGAUAAACACGCCAUCAGCAGUCUGCCAGCGUAUAAUCUUCUUCUGGCUGCAGCUUCUGAAAAGAAUGAUACACAGAUUGCAUUGCAUGUUUUUUACGACAUGUUAGUUAACCACCUACGAAUGAAUUCAGCUACCUUUUUUAACAUCGCGAAGGCUGUUUCAAAGAGCAAUGAUUUGACCUUAGUGCAAUCUUUUGUCAAGGAAGUCUCACAACUGGUUAAUGCAGCAAGUGUUACGAUUAUUAUUAACAGGAUCAUCUAUGGAUUUGCAGAUUGUGGGCAUGUGCAUAAUGCUAUGCUUGUAUUUGAUCAUAUGAAGACUUUCAAGUUAAACCCGAAUUUGGUUACUUAUAAUACCGUGUUAGGGAUACUAGGUAAAGCUGGACGGGUAGACGAGAUGCUCGACGCGUUUGCUUCAAUGAAAAAGGCAGAUAUUGACCCUGAUAUCUUUUCAUAUAAUACCUUGUUACAUAGCUUGAGGAGGGUCGGUAGAUUUGAUUUGUGUGUGGAGAUGAUAAAAGAAAUGGGAGAAGUGGGAUUGCAGCCUGAUUUUAUAACUUACACUGCACUGAUCGAGUGUUUUUUCAAAUCAGGUAACAUUGAAGAAUCGUUGAGACUCUUUCAACACAUGAAGCGUUGGGAUGUACGCCCUUCAAUUUACAUUUAUCGAUCUCUGAUCAAUAAUUUGAAGAAAUUGGGCAAGUCUGAGUUAGCACUAAAAUUCUUGGAGGAGAUGAAUGAACAUCGGAAGGAUCUUAUAUGUCCAAAAGAUUUUAAAAAGAAAAACAGAUAAUACGAAAUUUUCUUCUACAUGGGUUUUCCUCUUUCUUCGUGAUGUUUACCGAUUUUUCUACUAUACAUCCUGACUGUAUCUGUAUCUAUUCUUUUUCUAGCAACCUCGGAUGCUUUGUGAUUUUACAUAAUCAUAUAUUUGUAGACAAAGCAUGUGAUAGAUUCUGCAUAUAAAGUUCAAUUCUUUUGAGUUUAA